AUGCCACCAAGAUCUCUCCAGCCACCUCGAAAGAAGCCCAAGCUCACACCCAAAGUCGGCAUCACACCGGCCGCUUCUGAGCGCGAGUCCCUGCUAAUUGUGAAAGGCGCCCUUCUAAUUCCUGAACUUCGAAUGAACGUCUACGGCAAGAUGGUGGAAAUCGAGUCAACAGCCCGUGGCUGGAAGCAGGAUCACAAUGGCCUUUUCUUAUGUCCUGUCGACGCGACAGGACUGCCACCCUACCUAUCGCACUCUAUCACCAAGGUUUCUGGCCUGCGCCAGGAAUACCUGGUAGAAGUUUUCAAGAGAGUCGUGUUCCUCUUUACGUCAAGCCAGAGUAUGAAGCUAUUCUCGCAGUUCGUCCGUGCUCAAUUCAACCUGAAUUGA